CGACCCUCCAGAAGGGAUCCUCCGCCUCCUGUCCUGAAGCAUCCUUCCUCUUCUUCCCGGGGAGACACAAUGGCCAUCCGGAGCCGGGCGGGAGCAGCAUCAGCAUCGACUCCCGCUGCCCCUCCGGCGCAGGCUGUGUGCAAAGGAAGUUAAGCUGUCUGCUGUACUGGUGGUGUAUAAAUGCAGACUACUAAGUAGCCUCUUAGUGGGCUUGUUGCUUCUGACCAGGUCAGCCGGACUUCAGUUCAGAAGAAUUACUAAAAAUGCAAACAAUCAGAAAGGGCUUAACCAUCAAGAUUUGUGACUGAAGAGGAGACGCGAGACCUUCAUAGCUGAAAGCUUUUGUCUUUCAAGACGCCAGUGAAAUAGAAAACAGGACAGAAUACACUUACCCAAGAUGAAUUUCAGCACAUCCACUGUGAACACUUUGUACCAUGACAGUACUGCCACUCCUGAACCAGACCGGGGAACAACUGUAGAUGCAAGUGGCUCAGAAACGGCUACCAUGUCACCUGAAACAAGCAGCUUUAAUAGCACCAAAAUCCCCGAUGUUGCCAGCAAUAGUUCUGGCAUGGGGACCAUGCUGCUCUCUUUUGGCAUAAUCACUGUGAUCGGACUGGCUGUUGCAAUGGUUUUGUAUAUCAGGAAGAGGAAACGACUGGAAAAGCUACGGCACCAGCUGAUGCCCAUGUACAACUUUGAUCCUGCUGAAGAACAGGAUGAGCUGGAGCAAGAGUUGCUGGAACAUGGCAAAGAUGCUGCAUCUGUGCAGGCCUCUCAGAACAAGACAAACCCAGGAGUGCUCCAGAGACCUAGUCGCCUUGUGUUCACAGAUGUUGCAAACGCCAUCAAUGCAUGAGCAUUUCUUUCUCAACCUGAGGCAUGAGAAGAGGUUACCAACCAAAUACGAGCAACUUCGCAUGGAUGGUGAACUUUGAUUCUAGCUGGGACAAAUAGCCAAGAACCAAUAUAUUUCAGAAACGUGAAGACUGUUGGUAUUUCUGUUGCCAUCCAAGUGCCCCACAUGUCUGUGCUCUACGUUUUAUUGGUAACGGUGAUACCAAGCUAUGUGCAAUAGAAGAUGUAAGGGUAUUUGUAGAUAAAUUGGUCAGAAUAUAUAUUGCGGUGGACGUGGGUUGGAAGCUAGAGCAUCACUUUCUAAGGCUUUGUUCCUUUGGAUUGUUGUGAGAGUGUCCUAACUCCAGAGUUCUGCAGGCAGACCUAAGCCAAUCUAUGCAGUAUACUUCUGGCUUCUACUGCCAAUUAUGUGGGUGUAACAUCCUGGAGCUGGAAACCUGAACAACCAUUUGCCAUGUUAUGGUAAACAUAAAAUAAUUAUACUAGAACAUUUGCUGGGCCACCUAGUUGUUCAAUUUCAUGUUCUGCAUGUACAUAGAAGCUGAACAUGAUCUUUCUAAUUGAUUCUGCCACCGCCAGGUAUUCUUCUAGUUACUCUUAUGGUAGUGAUAAUCUUGGGAGAUGGUGCUGUUGAUGGUGAUCAGUAUGGCUUAUAUGUGUGUUGGAAGUGGUUUAUUCAUCUGAACUAUCACAUCCACUGAGCAUUCAUUGAUACUCCAGGCAGGAGAGUCUUAGAGUAGGAGCAGCAAUACUAGCAUAGAUUUCAAGGCCAAUAAUCAGAUUCUUCUUCAGCCAAAGACAGGGAGUCUUGGUUGAAGGGCCAUCGAUUUGGAAGAAUACUGUGUACACAUGAAUGCUCUCAUAAACAUGUAACAAUCAGAAACUGGUUUUUUAUAUGGAACAGGUUAAAAAUCUGACCUUAACUUGUUGACUAUUAGAGAACCACAUUCAAAACAUUUUGAUUUUAUUUAUUUGUUUUGCCCAUUUUAAAAUAGGCAAGAACAAGCUGUGCAAAACACAACAAAAAGACAGGGUAAUGCUAUAUUUCCAAGUAUAUGUUUUGACCUUAGUUGGUAAGGCUAUAUGGGUGGGUUGUCUAAUUUUCCAGGCUUUAAAAAAAUCCAAUAUUUGGUUACUAUUUAAAGCCAGAUGUAUUUAAUGAAAGUAUUCUAAGUGAACUAUGUUCCAUCACUUUAAAACUGCACAUUUAAUGUUGCUUUCCCAUUUGUUAUGAAAGUUUAUGUAUUUAUAUAUGUAUGUAUGUAUUUAUUUAUUUAUUUAAGUAGUUGAAAUCGUGAUCUAUUUUUUUCAAAAAAAAGGUGGUGCUCAAAUUGUUAGAAGACUGGCAACUGGGUUUGGUUUCAUUUAAGGUUAUUGGGGAUGGGGAGGGAAUGGCUGUAUGAGGUAAAGUUUACAAAUGCACAGUGGUAUGUGCUGAACUCAGAAAUCCCUACACAGACUCUAUACUAAACUUAAGAAUUUAAUAACAACAUUCAAUUUCUUCUUCACAGAAGCUUAAGAUGCAUGCUUCUCCACUCCCCACUAAGGGCUUACAUACUCAGGGACCUGCAGUGGCAGUCAACUUCACUUCAGUUCACCCUUUGUAGUGUGAUCAUGGCUCUGCCUAUUUCCGAACCCCCAGGUUAUCUAUGUAUUUAUGUAUUAAUUCAUUCAGAAUUCAUUGUCUUUUCAUUUCCACAAUAGAGAAGGCAAAAGAAAGCUAAGAUGAAUCAGUAAAAGGCAAAUCCAUGGCAAGCAUCAUAAGUCUUAAAAAGGAAAAAUGGUGCUAGUCUUGGACCCCCUUGUGGGUGGCGUUUGCUCUCAUAUGUUGUGCAGGUGGAAGGAGAAUGGCCAAAAAAAUCUCAUACUUGGGAAACUGGCAGGUUAAAAUCCCUUGUGAUCACUGUGAAAAUCAAUGUCAUAAGAUGACAUAAACAACACAUUCUGUUCUGUUCCUUCUUUGAACUGCUCCCCCUCCAUGAAUAGCAUGAUGACCAAGCGUGGACAGUGAGGAAUAAGGUGUGACAUUCAAGCAGCAAUAGUUAAAUUGUGGGACAGGGACGUCUGGUCUAGGACCUGCCUGAUCCGGCUUACCUGCCUUGUGCCCCCUCAAAGGUCUGUUCCGAUGAGAGAUCCUUGAACUGUUCUUUACUGCUAAGGCCCAAAGUAAUACACUAUGAGUGAAGAUUUUUGUGUGAAGUUAACUCAUUUUAUGCUGUUUGAAACCCAGCCAAAAACCACUGGGCGAGUGUAUUGCUUAUUAAGAUGGGGGAAGUGCAGUCUGAUAUAAGUAAGGUUUCACACUGAGAGAUAUGAAGUGGUUUUCUUAUUGAUGUGUGUGUGUGCAUGAGAGAGAACGAGAGAGAGAGAGAAUAAGAGAAUAAAUGAAUAUAAAUCUAUAUGUAUGCUUGUCUAUAUCUUGGCUUUUCUCUUUUGAGCUCCUAUGACAACUAAGAAAAACACCUUCAGCCUCAUUUCUUCCAGUCUCUUCUUGAAACUGAACCAGGGGCACUCACACCCAUCCCUCAUGAUCUCAACUCAGUUUCCCCCUCCUCCUUGCUUAAGACAGCUUGUUUGACCUAUUUGUUUUGUGCAAGAGCAAGGCUUUAAAUCACAUGAGACUGGAUCUAUCUGACAGAUACAAGACAUUCAGUUGUCUCCCAGAUGAGUUAGGGGUGUGAUCUAUGUAACACAUGCAUCUGUAUAUCAGUGCUAUGGGUGUAUUGUCACUUGAUGGGUUUUUCAAUGCAUGCAGUUUGUCAGUCAGAGGUGAGGUUUGCUCUAGGCUUGUGCAGUGAUUGUGUGGAGGUCUAUUAGGCAUACAGCUGGCUGUGUGAAUAUAUGCAGCACAUAACUCCAUUAAAUGGAACGUCUUGGCUGGUUUCACUCUUCUUACUCCUGUAGAUCUUCCAGCCUUUUGAGAUAUAUCUAUAAUAAUCACUGUAGGAAAAUGGAAUUAUAAUGAAACCUUUUAAGAAAUCCUUUCCUAAGGGCUUUCAUGGAAACAUGAGCAGCUCACUUCCCUCUAACAGCCCUAUUUAACAUCCCUUUUGAACAACAAGGAUUCAGUUGAAUCUACAGUUCACAGCAGACCCUAAUUAACCUUUUUCUGACAGUUCUGUCCUACAAAAUAAUAAGUCAAGCGGCAUUGCAUAGAGGAGGGGAAGUGGGAACUAUAUAUUUCAUUAUCACUUGCAUUGGUGAUAUUGGCUGCAGCUAACAAGAGUUUGAGCACAGCAAUAUUUGGAGUCCACCAAUGGCAACUGGUGACUUAAUAACAUUAAUAUUAUUAACUGGUGUCUUCCAUGUCAGGAGGCAAUAAAUCAGUCCUGAUUUCAAAGAGUUAUCUAUGGUACUGAUGCCCACUCCCCAAAUAGGUCCAGCACUUUGGAUAGUACCUUCAGGGUUGCGACUAGACAGAUUUUCCAUCCCAAUGACACUGAAACUACCAACUGAACAUUUUGAAGGUCACAGGUUUCCCACCAGAGCCUGCCAUAGAGUCUGCUGAGUAUAAAAUGAAGGAAAUGGAAGCAGCAGGCCCAUUACUGAGCUACUAUAAGGCAACUUAGAUCUGUGAAGCUUUGGGUGUUUUUUUCCCCCCUUUUUUCAGAAAUGGCCAGUUUGGCUACUGACACCAGACAUUGACACUUCACAGUAGCAGGCCUAAUUCUCAGGCACCUCUAGGUUUUGCAGUUAAAUGUGACCAGGAUUUCCUCCUCUGCUUCUUCUUUUUCACAAUGAUUUCAUUGCUUCUUAAGCAUUCUCACCACUGAAGCAAAAAAGAAACAAAAAGGUGCAACUGGAAGAUGUAAUGUAUUCCCCAAAUGCAACAAUAUGCUCUAUGAAGUGCUGUUAACUUAAAUCCUUGCAAUUCUCAGGCACUUGAAAGCACAGUGAUUAACUUGCUGUAUAUGUGGGAUGAGCAUGCACAUUUAUUCAUUGGAUAUUUCUGCAAAAGAAACAACUGAACAGUCUUGUGCCCUAGGUUUGUUGAACUGCAACCCCCCACCAUCUCCCAGCCAGCAUGUCCAAAUAGCUGUGGAUUCUGGAAGUUGUAGUUCAACAGCUCUGGAAGGUACGAGACUGCAAUAUAAAUAGAAAAUGCCCUUCCAGGGCAGGGAAUGACCUAAGCCCAAUUGUUUGUCCCAAAUACAAUAGACCUGUUGAAUCAACAAGAAUUUGGUAAGCGGGCACUUCUGUAAAUUGCAUUGAUUCAACAAGUCUAUUAUAAUUGGGACUAACAAUUGGAUUCAAGCCAAUGGGGACUGUUGUCUGUUCCCUUCAUCCUGCCAACUCUGUCCUUCGUUGAAAGCUUUAUGGUGAGGUAGUGCUGGUGUCUAUCAAAAGAGACGGGCCAAUGUGUGUAUGUGUGUUUGUGGAAGUAUGUGUAGGGCUUGUGCCGCAGUAUUCUUCUAAUGCAAUAGCCCCUCCUUACGGGGUACUUUGAAGCACCUGCAUAAUGGUAGGAUAACUGUUACAAUAACAUGUAUCUGUAUUUGAAAUAUUAUUAAAAUAUUUAUGUGAAAUCAA